AUGACCAGCAGCGAGAAAAACGUCAGUUUCGAAGGCCAUGGCUGCUUCCGGAAGAAGGUGUCGGCAACUGCCACGAGGAGUGGGGUCAAGGAUCGGAAGACUAUGAAAGUGUCCACAUUGGCGUGGCGGAGGAGAUUUGUAAAAGAGGAACGCUGCCGGAAGGAACUUCUUGGCUGUCUCCACAGUGAAGGGAUCGUGGUGCAAAAACCCGAAUUGUCCAAGGAUCCAGACGCCGAGGGCCGAGCUGGAACAAAGAGCGUAGCCUAUGACGAGGCUGCUGGUGGCGUAGUAUUGCUUGGACGCCUCGAGCCGGAUCGAGGCCAUCGGGAAUUUAAAGAAAUCAGUGAGCUGCUUGAGGCUGAUGAAAUCAAAAAUCAGAAAAUGAAUUACAACCAGGCACCGGAAGCAAGAAUGUAUAAUAGAAAGCAAAUGAAAUUUAGGAAGGUUUGGCGGGGGAGAGUAAAAAUGGAAUGGGGAAAA